AGAAUUGAUUUGGUGGCCCCCUUCUCUUUUGAAGUCCUUUCUUCUAUACAAAAGAGUGCCUUAAGAUCAAACAUGAUUCGUUUUAAUAAUGUCUUAUCAGGUGCUUGCGGAUGGUGUUUUGGAUCCAGAAACAACAGUGUUCUAUAUCUUCCCAUCUCUUAUGCAUUAUACUGGUCCGAUUGAAGGUCAAUGGCAUGCAAAAGCUAGUAUAAAUGCUGGGGCUAAAUUUUACAUUGUCGGUAGAGACCCUGCUGGCAUGGGCUAUCCGGUUGAGAAAAGAGAUUUAUACGAUACGGAUCAUGGGAAGAAGGUAUAUAUUGUGCGUGGUUCCAGAACUUGAAUGGCUAAACAUCCUACCUUUCAAGGUAUAUUUAACUUCUGGGAUCCAUUUAUGUUUGCUGUUACUGUUUUCACGUUUCAGCUAAAAAUUUCAUAUCUCUGAUCAGCAAUGUCGUUGCUGCAUAUUAUAAGACUCAGGGUAAAAUGGCAUUCUUCGAUCCCUCAGGGGCUCAGGACUUCCUCUUACGGGCACCAAGGUACCUUUA